GAACAAAGCAAAAAAUUGCUUGAAAUUUCCAAAAUAGGCAGCUCAUUGACUGUCACAUUUCACUGACUGCUUCCAACAUGCUGAAGAUUUUCCUCGUUUCGUCCCAACGGCAAAGCAGUAAAAGAUCGGUUGUUCCUCCCUAUGCAUCGAUCGUUAUUGCGUGCAUCCCGGUUAUCCAACGCUAGCAUUUCUCGACUUAUAUGGCGAGCAACGCCGUCGUUGGCCUCCCGAUGGUCACCUGUCAACUCGACCCUCCACGUCGCGGAGCCACGAUCCUCGCCGUUACGAUCGCCUAGCCAUCGCCGAUCGUACACAACUGAACACAGUACCGUAACUCUGGGCAGUCAGCCUAUCGUAGGGGAAUGUCCAGGCUGUGGCGCUCCAUUUCAGGAGCAAGAUCCCAGCAAGCCAGGCUUUUUAGCUGAGCCCAAGGCCGAGGUUGUGAAGAAAAAGAAACAAAGUAACAAGUCCAUGAGCGAUGAAGAGUUCUUUUCAACCAUGCUCAAACUUGACCCUGAAAUACGUGCCAUGUUGGGAGACGAUCCCGAUGCCGAUGGUGUGCCUGUGGAAACCAAAUCACAAUUGGAGGAGAAUGAACAGGUCAAAGAACCCCGGAUCUGUCAUCGCUGCUAUACGCUGCGGCACCAUCAUCAAAUGACGACCGAGACAUCGCCUGCCUUUUUGCGCAAAACACUUCAAUAUGGCUCACUAAACUUCCUCACCACCAAACGAAACCCUUUGUUGAUCGCUCUUUUCGACAUUGCCGACAUGCCUUCCUCUUUGGGACCUUUGCCGAAUCUGCUGCGGCAAAAUCCUACUGCUCGCGUUUUCCUCGUCGCGAAUAAAGUGGACAUGUUACCAGCCCGCGCCCGGCGCCAUGAACAGCGGAUACGUGACUGGAUCGUUCAAUACGUCAAGCAGCAAGGGGUGUCCACUCGCCAGAUCGUGCACGUGUCCUUGGUCAGUGCAAAGAAAGGUUGGGGUGUAUCAGGACUCAUGAAACGGCUUUUCAUCGAACGACUGCCGACCGACGACGUUUACAUGAUUGGAUGCACCAACGUGGGCAAAUCAGCGCUCAUCAACUACAUGAUGUCGCAGUCGCCGGCGGCUAGCGAAAAGAAGUCGAAAGCAAAAUUGCGAUCGCAAUACAAAAUCACGAGCUCGGCGGCACCGGGAACCACCAUCGGAACCAUCAAGAUUCCUCUGCAUGCUCUCGGCCUAGCAUCUUCAUCUCAGCAUGAAGAUGACCAAGAUGAAGCAUGGAAGAAACGACGAUUCUUGGCACGCGAACGAUUUCUGAUCGACACACCAGGGUUGAUUAAUGAUAACCAGCUCCUUCACCUGUUACCCUUUAAAGAGCAGAAGAAGCUUUUGUCUGGUGGGGAAUUGAAACCCAUCACCUUCCGUCUGGAGCCCGGUAUGUGUUGUUUUUACAUAGAAUGCAAGCAUUGGCGCUGAAAACUAAACAACAGGAUACUAAAUGCGGGAACACAGGAAAAUCGAUUUUGUUGAAGCCUCUGAUACGAGUGGAUCUCGUGGAAUCCAGUGCUCCUGUUCUACUGACAUUAUUUACACAUCUUCCUCCCCACAUUACCAGCACAGCCAAACUCCCUUUACCUAGCGCCGAUUCUAGUACCGAUGGAAAGGUGGCCAACGAAUCAGGCUCGUCUUUGAUCCUCGACUCGCUUCGUCCCAUGGAACAUUUGCUACGAGUGCAAGGUUUACAUCGAUCGCAUGCUACGGCGGAUUUUGCGUUUGCCAGUGUUGGCUGGAUGGCGGUGGCGGGAGAAUUCAAUUACGCCCGGUUCCGCAUAUGGUUACCCAACGCAGUCAAAGCUGAAGACGCUUUCGCUUUGCGAGAACCGGCAUUGCUGCCUUACGAAUACCGAGGCGCCAUUCGUAAAUUCUACGGUUCCGGAGAACGGGCGCAAAAAUAGAAUA